AUGAAGCUCGCCUUCCUUGCCCUCAUCCCCCUCAUCGCUGCUGCCCCCGCGGCGCCGGCCGAGCCCCGCGGCUACAAGUCGUCGCUCGGCAACCUGCUCACCGCCGGCCAGCAUAAGGGCCCCGACGGCGGCACCAACGUCAACAUCAACGGCCUCAACGUCGGCGCCACCCCGGGCAUCAGCGGCGCCAAGUUCGUCGGCUCCAACUACCAGGGCGUCCAGCUGUACCAGUUUGACGACGGAAACGUCGCGCCCCUCACCAUCGGCCAGGGCGACACUGUCAACUCGUCGGUGACGGUCGGCGCCGACGGAGUCUGCUCCAUCUGCACCAAGGGCUCCGGAUGGGCCCCCAACGGCAACACGGCCGGCAAGCGCGACGGCGAGCUCACGGUCUCGCUCGACGCCCGCGACCCCACCGUCCAGAAGCGUACCCUCGGCCUCCUCUUCGGCCUCCUCGGCUCGGCCUUCAGCUGGGGCGGCGCCGGUGUCAACUACGGCUGCGGCGUCUACGUCGGCCCCUCGCGUGUCCCCGGCUACGUCUGCAACGGCGGCUACAUCAACGUCUACAACGUCGGCAUCGGCACCAGCUGUGGCAUCAACGGCGGAUACUACGUCGGCUGCAACAGCUACGGCACGCAGCUCUGGCGCUGGAACGACGGCUCGAUCGGCCCCCUCUGCUUCAACCAGGGCUACCAGGUCCCCGACGUCUCGGUCGGCGGCGACGGCCUCUGCUCGUCCUGCUGGGGCGGCUGGGGCGGCUGGAACUCGUGGCGCAAGUAA